AUGUAUAUAUCCAUCUACAUCUCCGUUAUAUAUGUAGCUAGUGUCAAGUUGCAAAUGUUCAUUUAUUCUGGUCAACGAAUUGAAAAAUUUAAAAUUUUCAACACCAACAACUUGUGGGUGAACCUGAAUGAUAUUAAAAGACUUGUAGAAGCAGAUGCACUCAAGAUGGAGAUUAUACCCAACCCUAAGUCUGAUCUUUACACCUUGACUGAUGAAGGCUAUGUUAUCCGGAAUCCGGUCAGGUCUAAUCCAGCUAUCGAGUUGGGACCUGAAUUCAACAAGGUUAACAUCAACUCCUCAAGUAGAUUAGUGCUGUUGGCUGAAUGCAGUUACUAUCUUGUCUUCUUAGGUGGCCAACUUCUUAGGUCGUUUCAAGUCUAUUCCCAGCAUCAUUGAUCUAGAUAGCUUAGGGUGAUGUAUGGUUUGGAUCUGGAGUUACU